AUGAUCUUCCGCUUGACUUAUGCGUUGCUAGGUCUCGCUGAAGCUGCUUCAACACACUUGAACCAGUUUGCGAGCCGUGCGGAUUGUGUCAAUGGAACUGUUCACACCGAGAUCGGCCUCGAUUUCCGGAUCCAAUGUCAGACUAGAGUCAUUGCCGCAACCGUGCGAGACGUCGAACGCGAUGACUUCGACGCGUGCCUCGAGUGGUGUUCUGAACAAGCUCGCCCUACUGCCCAGGUCUGUGGCUGGAGCAUCGACGAGCAGCGAUGUUAUCUGAAAGAGAAGACCUCUUUUACCCAGGCCCUGGAGUACUCCCCAGACAAUAUCACUAUGUUCGCAGACUCUGCAGCAUUAGAGAAUCGCACUUCGGAUUGCCCAUAUGUUAAUGGAACAACCCAAGUUGACGAAAACGGACUACAGUAUCAAAUAUACUGUCAAACAGAUUAUCCCGGCAAUGACUUCGGCUGCACUGAUUGUAGCCCGGGCAGCAGCAACCUAUCAAUAACGCCUUUCCACACGGACACCCUGCUCGAAUGCAUGAACAUCUGCUCCUGGAACGAUCCGCUCUGCUACGGCGCUGUCUGGCUGGGCAACCUGGUUGGCGGCUAUCGAAAUUGCUUCCACAAGAAAACAAACGUCAGCAACGAUCUCUCAGAAAUUGUACGAAACACGAACGUAACAUUCGCGAUGGCAGUGCUGCCUCUUGCCAAUAUUCAAUGCACUGACACCAUAUACACUUCGCCCUCAGGCGCGGCCUUCAACAGAAGUUGUGGGACAAACGGCGACGGGCCCCUGCUCGAACGCAUUCAUGCGGUGGACUUCGAAGGCUGUAUGAACGCAUGCGCAGACUACCAGCCCCAACAUGGCGACGACAGGUGUGCCACAGUUGAGUACAAUCCAACUUCUGAAUCAGGCUUCCUCAACUGUAAUCUGAGACCAUAUCUGUCAAGCGUGACACCAGAUCCCGACUGGCGCACAGCCAGAAUGAUAUCAAAUGACAACAGCAGUCCGAGUCGUACAUGGAUUGCAGGCGCGGCGGUUGGUCCUGCGGUCGGUGUGGCGUUAGUUGGAGCUCUUCUGUUCUGGUGGUACAGGCGUCGGAAAGCGAAGAAUGAUAGCAAGGCUAAGGCGUCAGAAGCAGAAGCCCUGACACCGGCGAAUGGUAUACACAGGGACAAGCCUGCAGCACUACCACCGUACUCGGUGUCCAAGCCGGAGUUGGACUCUCAGUCGACACAGUUGUUGCCAGAGAUGAGCCCGAGAAAGACUCCCGUUGCUGAACUGCCUGGGUCUAUUGGUAGUCCAGGUCAGAGCGCGUCGAGGUGA